AUGUGGAAGUGUAUUAGGUCACGAAUAUUAAUGGUGAUAAUCUUCAUAGGUGCCGCUCAAGGAUAGGAACAAACAGUACUAGUCGUGGGUCCGAAAUAUAUCCGAGCCAACCAGGACUACACUCUGGUGAUCACCAACAUUAACUCAAACCAAACCAAAGUGGACUUGAUAGUGAAGCUAGAAGGCGAAACUGAUAAUGGUUUAAAUGUGUUGAACGUUACCAAGACUGUCGACGUGCGACGUAAUAUGAACCGAAUGAUAAACUUCAAUAUGCCCGAGAAUCUUGCUGAAGGGAACUACAAAAUUACCAUCGAUGGACACCAAGGCUUCAGCUUUCACAAGGUGGCAGAGCUGGUGUAUCUCAGCAAAUCGAUAUCUGGUCUGAUACAGGUCGAUAAGCCCGUAUUUAAACCUGGCGAUAUGGUGAACUUCCGUGUGAUCGUGCUGGACACGGAGCUGAAGCCGCCGGCGAGGGUCAAAUCGGUUUAUGUAACUAUACGAGAUCCUCAGCGCAAUGAGAUUCGCAAAUGGCCCACGGCAAAACUGUAUGCCGGUGUGUUUGAAGGCUAUCUGCAGAUAGCGCCUACUGCAAUGCUCGGAAUCUGGAAUAUCUUGGUGCAGGUGGAAGGAGAAGAGCUUGUGUCAAAGACGUUUGAGGUGAAGGAGUAUGUGUUGUCAACGUUCGACGUGCAGGUCAUGCCAUCGGUGAUUCCACUGGAAGAGCAUCAAGCUUUAAACCUCACAAUCGAAGCGAACGAUUACUUUGGAAAACCUGUGCAAGGAGUGGCCAAGGUGGAGCUGUACCUAGAAGACGAUAAGCUAAAUCAGAAAAAAGAGCUGACUGUGUACGGAAAGGGACAGGUAGAAUUGCGCUUUGACAAUUUUGCAUUGGAUGCAGAUCAGCAGGAUGUGCGAGUGAAGGUGACGUUCAUCGAGCAGUACACAAAUCGUACGGUGGUGAAGCUGUCACAAAUAACGAUAUACAAGGAUGCGUACCGAGUAGAGUUGAUCAAAGAGAGCCCCCAGUUUCACUCGGGAAUUCCGUUCAAGUGUGUGCUUCAGUUUACACACCAUGAUGGAACGCCAGCCACAGGCAUUACCGGUAAAGUGGAGGUAUCCGGUAUAGGAUUCGGAACGACAGUCACGAGUGGUUCUAGCAUCAAACUGAACAAAUUGAUGCGCUUCACGGUGACGUGCACGGAGCGUAUGACAUUCUUCGUGUACUAUGUUGCGUCAAAGGGCAACAUCAUCGAUGCAGGCUUUAUGAGACCAAACAGGCAAAAGAAGUACUCGCUGCAACUAAACGCUACUGAAAAGAUGAUUCCGAAGGCGAAAAUCCUUGUCGCUACCCUAGUGAAUCGUACGAUGGUGAACGAUAUUGUGGAUAUUGAUUUCCAAGGGUUUCGUAAUAAUUUUGAUUUAAGCAUUGACGAGCAAGAGAUCAAGCCGGGACGUCAAAUCGAGCUGAGCAUGUCUGGACGCCCUGGAGCGUACGUUGGGCUGGCCGCGUAUGACAAAGCCUUGCUGCUGUUCAACAAGAACCACGACCUGUUCUGGGAGGACAUUGGGCAGGUGUUUGACGGGUUCCAUUCAUAUGACACAAAUGAAUUCGACCUGUUUCACAACAUGGGCUUGUUUGCCAGAAUGGAUAAUAUUAUGUUUGAUGAAUCCAAUGAUAAAUCGGCACGCAGUGGACAGAAGGCGGACGGAACGGUGUUCAGGAAACAGUUUCUAGAAUCAUGGCUGUGGAAAACUGGGAUCAUUGGAAAUUCCGGUAGUCUCAGAAUGAUUGAGGUUGUACCGGAUACAACGACCUCCUGGCAUCUGACGGGCUUCUCGAUCGAUCCCGUGUACGGGUUGGGCAUCAUUAAGAAACCGAUCGAGCUCACAACAGUGCAGCCGUUGAUCGUUAUGGAAAGCUUACCAUAUUCAAUCAAGCGAGGUGAGGCGAUCGAGAUACAAUUUAUUGUUAUCAGCAACCUUCAAGAAGAGUACACCGUUGACGUGACGCUGUAUAAUGAGAACAACGAGAUGGAGUUCAUCGGACGUUCGAUUUCAAACGUUAGCUACACCAAAUCGGUGAGUGUACCUCCAAAGGUGGGAAAACCUGUAUCAUUUCUAGUGAAAGCAAAGAAGCUUGGUGAGAUGAUGGUUCGUGUGAAAGCCUCUAUAGCCAUUGGACUUGCAACGGAUGCACUGGAGAAGGUGAUACGAGUUAUGCCAGAAAGCUUGGUACAGUCAGGAAUUGAAUCGUUCGGCUUUUUCUUGGACACACACCAGAAUCGAGAGUUUUUGGUUAAACCAAACAUCGAUAAAAAGGCCGAUAACGGGUCGAUAGAGAUCGAGCUCAGAAUCAAUCCCAACUUACUGAUUAAGGUCAAAGAAAAUUUAAAUGAUCUUCGUACUGUAACGCCUACAUGUAAGAAUGUGAUAAGAUUAGCACUUAAUUUUGCUGUCACUGAUUAUCUGAUUGCAUGUGGACCCAAAGAACAGAAUCUUCCCGAAAAUGCAGUUAAUGUGUUGAGUAAAGAGUAUAUGCUGCUAAUGACUUGCUUGAAUUCGAAUGGUUUAUUUGAUAGCGUGCAGAAUACUGUUAGCAAGAUAUUUUAUACUGCAUUUGUAGCCAAUACGCUGAAUACUGCACCCAAGAAUGUGCGCCAGACAAGUAAUGUUAAAUUAGAGAAAGCAUUUGACUGGCUUGCCUCUCGACAGCAACGUUUCGGAAGUUUCAAAGAAGCCGAGUCCGAUCCGCACUAUAAACGUAGUGAAAUAGCACUGACAUCCUACGUAUUGGCAGCCAUGCUAGAGAACGAAAGCGCCAAAGUCAAGCACGCUCUGGUGAUAGAAAUGGGCAUGAGGUUUCUAAGCAAGCAAUUGGAGUUAAUCACUAGUGCAAAUGAUUUGGCGAUAGCGACCUAUGCGAUGAUGUUGUACGGGCACAGCCUGAAGAACGCUGCGUUCGAAAAGCUGAUCGAUAUGUCAACCAUCACAAAUAAUGGAGCGGAACGAUAUUGGAACACGUCGAACAGCGUAGAGGCAACGUCUUACGCUUUGCUAUCGCAUGUGGUGGCCAAUAAGUUGCUAGGAGCUUUGCCAAUAAUGCGAUGGUUGGUGAAUCAGAGAAGCGAAAUAGACAGUGUUUCUGGGCAACAAAAUACCUAUAUACGUCUCAAAGCGCUGUCCAGCAUAGCGAAAAAGGUAGCUCCUAAUCGGAACGAUUAUCAUGUACAGGUGAGGUACAAGAAGAAUACGAAAUGGUUCCGUUUUGACUCAUAUGCCAGCGAUGCAAUUAACAUAACCAUACCGCAAGACGUAAGGAAAAUUGAAAUCACAGUAAUGGGUACUGGGGCUGGACUGCUCGAGGUGAUGUAUAAAUACAGAUUGAAUCUCGUGAACUUUGAGCAUCGAUUUCAGCUAGACUUGCUGAAACAGAACACUAGCUCUGACAAUGAGUUGAGGCUGAAUGUGUGUGCCAAUUAUAUCCCCACUCUGCGUGACAGUCGAUCGAACAUGGCACUCAUCGAGGUGACAUUACCGAGCGGUUACGCGGUUGAUCGCAAUCCGAUUAGCGAGCAGACGACGGAGAAUCCGAUACAGCACAUUGAAAUCCGUUACGGUGGCACAUCGGUCGUUUUGUACUUUGGCAAUAUGGGCAGCGAGCGUAACUGUUUCACCGUGACUGCGUACAGACGCUUUAAGGUAGCAUUGAAUCGUCCAGCGUAUGUUGUUGUGUACGAUUAUUAUGAUAUAAAUCAGAACGCCAUCAAAGUGUACGAAGUGGAUAAGCAGAAUGUAUGCGAAAUCUGCGUCGAAGGCGACUGUACCGCAGAGUUCUUUUUCUCGUCAGGCACACUAGGCAAUGAUUUAAUACCGAUUAAAGUGCAGUAUAUGUUUGUGCUACUGGUCAUGGGUCCAAAAUGUAUCCGGGACAAUCAGAACUACACACUUACGAUCAGCAACUUUUAUUCAAAUCCAAGCAAGUUGGACUUGAUGGUGAAGCUGGAAGGGAAAAAUGAUAAUGGUUUAAGCGUUCUGAACGUGACGAAGAUGAUCGACGUGCCAUGUAAAUCUAUUCGAAUGAUCAACUUCAGUAUUCCGGAUAGUCUGUCCUCUGGGAACUACAAAAUUACCAUUGAUGGGCUGCAAGGUUUCAACUUUCACGAGGAGGCAGAGCUGGUGUAUCUCAGCAAAUCUAUAUCGGGAGUGAUACAAAUCGAUAAGCCCGUAAUUAAACCUGGCGAUACGGUGAUCUUUCGUGUGAUCGUGCUGGACACAGCGCUGAAGCCUCCGGUGAGGGUCAAGUUCGUUAAUGUGAUCAUUCGGGAUCCUAAUGACAAUGUGAUUCGUCGAUGGCCAGCGGCAGAAUUAUACGCCGGAGUGUUUGAGAGCAUUCUGCAGAUAGCGCUCACAUCUCUGCUUGGAGUGUGGAACAUCACGGUGCAGGUGGAAGGAGCAGAGAUUGCAUCGAAGACGUUUGAAGUGAAGAAAGAUGUGUUUUCAUGGUUCGACGUGCACAUCAAGCCAUCAGUGAUUCCAUUAGAAGAGCAUCAAGCUCUAAAUCUCACGAUUGAAGCGAAGUAUCCCUUUGGCAAGCCAGUGCAAGGAGUUGCCAAGGUGGAGCUAUACUUGGAAGGCGAUAGGUUAGAUUUGAGUAAAGAUAUCAAUGUAAACGGGUCAGAACAGGUGAUGUUAGCUUUUAAUGGUGGUUUGGAGUUGAACAACGAACAGCAGGAUGUGCGUGUGAAGGUGGUGGUUGUCGAACAGGAUACAGAGAAAAAGUACGAUUUAUUAUACAUGAAAAAACUACAUUCCGUUCAACCUCUUACUAACAUCACCAUGAAGCUACAACUACGGUUUCCCAUGAAACAAAACGAACCUAUCAUGCUCUUGGCAACGUGCAGCGAGCGGAUGACAUUUCUCGCCUACUACGUCGUGUCCAAAAGUAAAAUUGUUGAUGCGGGUUACAUCGGCCAGUUCCGACAGAAGAAAUUUGUGUUCGAAAUUAGUGCAACGGAAAAGAUGCUCCCGAAGGCAACAAUUUAUGUGACCAGCGCAUUCGAAAACAUUUUAAUUUGGGAUGCAUUGGAGAUAGAUUUGAAGCCGUUGAGCAACGAUCUGGAAAUAAGAGUAAACAAAUCGAAAGCUAAACCAGGACAGAAAAUAGAGCUGGAGCUGAAAGGACGGCCUAGUGCGUACGUUGGCCUUGCCACAUAUGAUAAGGGUUUGCUGGCGUUCUCCAACCAGCAGGACCCGUUUUGGGAAGAUGUUACGCAGUUGUUUGACUACUCGCACGAAGACGAUCAGACCGAGCUUAAUGGAUUUCAUGGUGAAGGAGUAUUCCUAAAAAUUUCGGGUGGUUUUCAACUAGGAAACACACUCAAAGUAACUAAACGCACUGUUAAAGACGUUGCGCCUCCACUGGUAUAUCAAGCAUCUUUGGAAAGGAAUUGCAUGAAAUCCUGGCUGUGGAAAAAUGUAAUUAUUGGAAGCUCUGGAACCCUCAAACUGGCCGACGUUUUUCCUGAAACGAUCACCUCCUGGACCUUGACGGGCUUCUCGAUUGAUCCGAUAUACGGAUUGAGCAUCAUCAGGAAGCCAAUCGAGCUCACAACGGUACAGCCGUUCCUCAUCGUAGACUACCUACCGUAUUCGGUAAAGCGGAGAAAGGAGGUCAUGUUACAGUUUGCACUGUUUAACAACUUUGAACAGGAUCACACUGUUGAUGUGACGCUGUAUAAUAUGAACAAUGAUAUGGAAAUUCUUGGACGCCCAGUAACCGACCAAAGCUACACCAAAACGGUGAGCGUUCCUCCGAAGGUGUUAUUUCCUGUCUCGUUCCUUGUAAAGGCACAAAAGCUCGGCGAGAUGGCGGACCAUGUGACAGCCUCCAUAGCCAAUGGGCUAGAGACGGACACCCUGGAAAAGGUGAUACGGGUGAUGCCUGAAAGCUUGGUGCAGCCGAGAAUGGAUAGACGCUUUUUCUACUUCAACGAUUACAAAAAUCUAACGUUUUUGAUGUACUUGGACAUCAUAAAGAAGGCUGAUAAUGGAUCGAUAAAGAUUGAGUUUCGACUAAACCCCAAUUUGCUGACCGUGGUCAUAAAGAACCUGGACCAUCUUCUUGCCUUAUCGGCGGGAACUGGUGAGGACAAUAUGGUCAAAUUUGUUCCCAACGUUUUGGUGCUGGAUUAUUUGCAUGCCAUCGGGUCAAAAGAACAGCAUCUUAUCGACAAAGCUACCAAUAUGGUGCGUCAAGGAUAUCAGAACCAGAUGCGCUACUGUCAGAAGGAUGGUUCGUUUGGUUUGUGGGAAAAUACAGGUGGUAGCACAUUUCUCACCACAUUCGUUGCCACAACGAUGCAAACUGCUUCAAAAUACAUAGUCGAGAUAGAUGCAGAAAUAGUGGAUAGGGCAUUGGAUUGGUUAGCCUCAAAACAACACAGCUCGGGACGGUUUGAUGAGGUCGGUGCAGUGUUUCAUAAAGACAUGAAAGGAGGGUUGCGCGAUGGUGUGGCCCUCACAUCGUUCGUUUUAACGGCAUUGCUGGAGAAUAACAUCGCCAAAGUGAAGUACGCAGAGGUGAUCCAAAAAGGAAUGACGUAUUUGAGCAAUCAGUUUGGAUCCAUCAACAAUGCAUACGACCUAUCGAUAGCAACCUACGCGAUGAUGCUGAACGGACACAUCAUGAAGGAGGAGUCACUCGAUAAACUGAUUGAUAUGUCUUUCAUUGAUGCUGAUAAAAACGAACGGUUCUGGAACACAUUGAUUCCAAUAGAAACCACCGCAUAUGCUCUGCUGUCGUUUGUGAUGGCCGAGAAGUACACAGACGGUAUACCGGUCAUGAAUUGGUUGGUGAAUCAACGUUACGUUACCGGUAGCUUUCCGAACACGCAAGACACGUUUGUGGGCCUGAAAGCGCUGACCAAGAUGGCAGAAAAGAUAUCUCCGUCCCGAAACGAUUACACCGUUCAGCUGAAGUAUGGAAAGGAUUCGAGAAUCUUCAGAAUCAACUCGAAGCACAUUGAUGUCCAAAACAUCGUGGAUAUACCGGAGGACACAAGGAAAAUCGAUAUCAAUGUGAGGGGCAUUGGGUUUGGGCUGCUGGAGUUGAUUUAUCAAUAUGAUUUGAAUCUCGUCAAAUUUGAGAAUCGAUUCAAACUAGAUCUGGAGAAACAGAACACAGGCUCUGACAAGAUGAUACUGAAUGUGUGUGCCAGUUUCAUUCCUAUGUAUCUUCAAAGUCAAUCGAACAUGGCACUGAUCGAAGUGACGUUACCGAGCGGUUAUGUGGUUGAUCGCAAUCCGAUCAGUGAGCAAAUGACGGUGAAUCCGAUAAAGAAAAUCGAGACUCGUUACGGCGGCACGUCGGUUGUUGUUUAUUACGAUAAUAUGGACGACAAAAAGCACUGUUUUACUGUAUCCGCUCACAGACAGCAGAUGCCGACAUUGAGACGCCCUGCGUAUGUGGUUGUGUACGACUAUUAUGAUACAAAUAUCAAUGCGAUAAAAAUGUACCAGUUAGAGGGCCUGAGUGCUUGCGAAAUCAGUGGCGAAGUUGACUGUUCCGAGGUGUGCAAAACAAAGGGACAGGUGUAAAAUAAGAAAUUCCUUUCUUCUAUCAACGUGUAUGUUCCUUUCCGUUCGUUGCAACUGUCCCUUCCCAGACGACAUACGCAAUUCGGAAUCACCGAUCUGCUAUAAGUCUCCAUUUUUUAAAUUUAACGGAUACUCAAGAACUUAUUUGACUUCUGCAUUUCUUCAGAGUCAUUUACAUUAAAACUCCGAUCACUUGCUAGUUGGAGCUCA